AAUCAAAUGGGUCCUCUUAAAACCCCCCCAAUUUGCAAUUCUUCAUCCUCAAAUUUUUUAAAAUGGGUGUUAUUGCAGUCACAGAUGCCCCUCUUCAUGUUCUUGCAGUUGAUGACAGCAAUCUUGAUAGAAAAUUGAUUGAGCGCCUGCUAAAGACGUUUUCUUAUAAUGUUACUGCUGUGGAUUCUGGAACUAAGGCCUUGGAGUUUUUGGGUCUACAAGAUGUUGAAAAACUUCAAUCUUUUUCUCCUGAACAAUGUCAUCCAGAAGUGAAGGUGAAUUUGAUUAUUACAGAUUAUUGUAUGCCUGGGAUGACUGGUUUUGAACUAUUGAGAAAAAUCAAGGAAUCAACAUCACUGAAAGACAUACCAGUUGUGAUCAUGUCCUCUGAGAAUGUCCCAUCCAGGAUAAAUAGAUGUUUGGAAGAAGGAGCGGAGGAGUUUUUUCUUAAACCGGUGCGAUUGUCAGACGUUGACAAGCUGAAACCGUAUUUGUCGAAGAACAAGAGGAAAACCACGAACGAGGAAGAUUGUGUUUCAAAUGACAAAUCUCGAGCAAGGUACACUGAUAUAGAAGAAAGACAAACAUUUACCGAGGAUUAGUUUUGCUGGCAUUGCCAUUGUACGAUUGUUGAAGAUGAGGUGGUUCCAUUAUGUGGAUGGAAAUGCUAUCGAUUUGCGGAAAACGAGGGUUUUGGUUAUAACCCACGAUUAGAUAUUAUAUUUGAACAUUCGGGUUUUACGACUGAUCUUUAAAAGAAAUUGGGAAAACUCGUCGUUUGUACUAGAAAUCUUCUAUUUGUUAUUCGUUUGUUUUAUCCUGUUGCACUUUACUAUUCAAAACCAUUUUUGAGACAAA